AGAUAGGACUCAGAUCAUGUGAACUGUGCCGCGUCUGACAAAUGUUGUGAUGUUGUGAAUUUUGGUGAGAUAUCAGAAGCAUCAGUCCAAAGUGACUCGCGGGUCGGGUGGGGAUGGAGGGUGAGGAGGGAGGGAGGGUUCAUUCAUUCCUCUUGGUGUGUAGCCCCAAUGACGCAGUCUGAAUUUCCAGCUCUACAUCCAGUUUACGCUCUACAUCUACCUAACGUGGCUCAACAUCUGCUCGAUACCGGAACCAAAGAGACGUCUGAACCAACCGUAGGAAUUCGGUUCAGACAGCCCAGAUAUAUCAGCAUUUUGUUCGAGAAGUCAUCCAUGGCUGAAACCCCGCAGUCCUCUUCGUCAGACCCGCGGCUCCCGCGAGUCACGAUCCGGUUUUGCACGCAGUGCAAAUGGAUGCUUAGAGCAGCAUACUACGCGCAAGAGCUCCUCUCGACCUUCUCGCUCUCACUAGGCGAGGUCGCCCUGCAGCCCGCCACCGGCGGCGUGUUUACCGUUGAAAUCACCACCACCUCCGCUGCUGCUGCCGCCCCGUCGCAGACGCAGGCGGAGACGACCGCGACCGCGACCACGACGACGGUUGUCCUCUGGGACCGCAAGGCGGACGGCGGGUUCCCCGAGACCAAAGAGCUCAAGCGGCGGGUGCGAGACGUCGUCCAGCCGGGGCGGGACCUGGGCCACGUCGACCGGGACUACCACCACCACGGGCGGGACGCGGGGAAGCAGCAGCAGCAGCAGCAGCAUGGGGACGGCGGCGCGGGCGAGGGGGUGUCAGCGGCAGCGGCAGCGGCAGCGGCAGCAGCAGCCGGCGGGAGCAGUGAUGGUGGCGACGGCGACGGAGAUCACCAUCGCGGCCGAGAGGAGGUGAAAGGGGAAGGGGGAAACGAAGGGGGAGGAGGAGGAAGAAGAGCGCGGAGGGAGGGCACGGCGGGAGCAGGCUGUGGUAUAGACGGGAAGGAGAACAGGUGUGAGGACUGCAAAUAACGGAAACCGGCGAACCGGGACCCGCCGCGAACGAUGUACGUAUUUGUUUGGAGAGAGGGGGGUUUUGUUAAUGAAGAAA